AUGAAUGUUACAAACAGAUGCAAGAGAACCCGACAGACUACAUUAGUCCAAACAAACAAAAAAAAAGGCAACUGGAUAUAUCUCAAGGACUGUGUUGAAAUCACAAAAGAUGUGGAACCAGAAAUUAAUGAGCCAGAAUUAGUGGGAGAUGCUUACUACUAUCAGAUCAACCUGGAGCUCUACACCUCCUACGUGUACCUCAGCAUGUCUUUCUAUUUUGACCGGGCUGAUGUGGCUCUCAAGAACUUUGCCAAGUAUUUCCUGCACCAGUCCCACAAGGAGCAUGAGCACGCUGAAAAACUCAUGAAGCUGCAGAACGAGAGGGGCGGUCGCAUCUUUUUGCAGGACAUCAAGAAACCAGAUUGUGGUGAUUGGAAGAAUGGGUUGACAGCAAUGAAGUCUGCCUUGCACCUGGAAAAGAAUGUGAACCAGUCACUCCUUGACCUGCACAAG